AUGACAAGUAAGUGGAACAGAAAUCCUUUUUCAGCAGGAGUGACAGGUCCAUCAUUAAGGUCAGUGUUUGAAGCCAUAGUGAAGGGAAUCAAGAGACCAACCCAGAAGGGCGCUGACUUGGUUCAGGAGCGGUUAAAAUCACUGAUGACAGCAGAGCUGAGCGGCUUUAUGUCAGACAAUGCAGGCCUAAUGGGCAUACCCAGCAAAGGAAUCACAGCAAGGGGUGUUUAUUCUUAA